UUAAUUGUUAUAUUCAAAUGAAGGACGAAGAGUGCACCGCGCCUCCCUCUGGCCAACCCUGUCACUUGACUGGAUAAUCUGUAUGCUGGUGAUUGCAUAACACAACCCCACAGUGCCUUGGGGAGGUGUUUAUGAUUCAGUUGUGGAUCCCCUGUCACCCUCAUCUGUGUUUAUCUCUUUGUAAUCUGACGUGUGUGAUAUGUGCUUAAUGAUAUACACCUUUCUUUCGUCUUUUUUGAAGCCCUGACCUUGGUAAAUCCAGAGCUGACAGUGAGUCAGAAACCUUAGAUGUUUCACCGUCAUGUUCUCUUUUGUGCCAUGCGCAUGUUCCUGCACUGUACCCAUGUCUAGAUAUGUUCUUCCCACCAAAUAGGUCAGGCUUCAGAGAAUGUUAUCACCCACGUGCAGCAGCGAGCAGGCAGCACUGAGGAGCCUCCUCUCUGUUUAGUUACCCUGUGCUGCUGCUGUGAUGUGUGUAAUAACUCAUUACGUCUUCCCCUCUGGCCCUUGUUUCGGUGCUGGACUGUUCUGUCCCCUCGGUUAACGCUGUACCCAUUCUCACAUAAACAACAGCACAAAGGGAGUGAGAUUGAAUACACCUUUCCAUCUAACUCCACUUACACACACAAGAGGUCAGAGAAUGACCCUUUAUCCCAAAAACUAAGUAAUAUACAAAAGAAAAGCAAUGUUAUACCUGACUGAAUUGCAUUCCACAAAACAGUUUAAGAGGAACUGAAUGUCCAAAGCCUUGUGUGCUGCUUGGAUGGACAUCCAUUCACGUGGUACGACCUUGGCAUCACUUGUAGGAGUGAUGAUGCAGGUAUGAGUGGUGUUGAUGAUGCCUUCGGUUGGGGGCGGUUUGCCUUGACCCAUUAAUAAUGAGAGAAUUUUAAUCAGCUGUCAACGGUGUGUGAUGAUUUAUAGCAACACUGACUUUUCCAGAGAAGGACCUCCUUAAUCUUGCUAUUUUCUCCAGACACACCUAUGAGCAGCCUGGAUGUGUGUCAAACAUGCAUUGAGUUGCAAAUAGCAUGCUUUGUCGUGUCUUGGGAUCUCUUCACUUGGUAUCUCUUUGAUCCUACAAAAUAAAAUACCUUAAUUAUAACCAGCAGGCCAAACUAACUGCCCCAAACCGCACUUUCAGUUAAGUAAAUGGAGAUGUGAGAAUGUGAGCCAAACAAUUCCUUUCUGCUGCCAUAGGCUUUCUAUCAGGCUAGUGUGGAAAACUGAUGAGUCUGCAAUGAGCAGCCUUUCCUCUUAAUGCCCCUGGUCCUGUUGAUGAGAGACUGAUCCAGAGUGUGGCCACACAUGCCUGCAAACAGACAACAGAUACACAGACACUCAUGUGUUCUGUCACUGAACGCAACUGCAUGUAACUCAGUGCUGGACUUGACUAACACUAUGAUAAUGUGGAGGUGGCCAUGGUUAAAUAAAACACAAUCAGUCCAUACUCUUCACAGUCACAGUCAGAGAAAAGCUGUUUAUUUCAAAGCUACAUAAUAAUAAUGAUAAUAAAAACUUACAUUGUGGAUUGGAUGCUGAGUUCUUUUAUUUUUCUGCUGCUCUUAUUAUCUGUGCCUGCUUCAAAUAAUCACAUAAUCUGUUUUACAGCCUCUGCCACAAGAGUCGCACAGGACAGUUCAUUAGGAUUAGCCAGACAGAACGGGGUAAUUUGAAGUUUUAGUACUUUACUCAAAUAGCUACAGAGUAGUUUUUGAAAAAUUAUGUAUUUGUUUUUUUAGUAUGAAAUGUUUUAAAUGAGUAUGAUGUUUUAACCAAUGGUUUUAGCUUUACUUUAUGUACAGGUGCAGCUUUUGUCAUCCUUGUACAGCAGGACAGAGUACAACAGGUCCAUGGCAAAUACCUUUUCUUCAUAUCAAUGUAAUCAAAGGUUCACUCACUCAGGAAGUUAAUUAAAUGUCAGCAGUGUGCAUUUGUAAUGUGCAUAGUAAUGGGACCCUUGCAGCUGCAUUUAAGCCUCUUUCAGAUAAAUAUUUUCUGACUUUUAACAGUAAUUAAAGGGGGCUCAAUUGCUACACUUUCCUAGACAAAUGCAAUAAACCCUGGAUUAAUCAAACUCUUAAGUCAAUAAUGGAACAUUAGUAGUUUAAAGCUCCAGUGAAAUACAAUCAAAUACAAUAUCUGAUGACAGCAAAUGAAAUUAAAGUUUUGAGAAAACAUUUUAUUUAACAUUAUCAAGUCACUUAAGUCACUGACUGGUAACUUUAUAAUUGCACUUGACAGAAGCGCAUCUAGAUGUGCUUUGAUCUCUGCUGUCGUAAGUAUUGCUUCUAAGUGCCCUGAUCAGUUACCCAGCUACAUUUCUGAGAGCUGCACCAAUGCUCACACUUUGGUCGGCAAAUAUUUCUCUCUACUGAGUUAAGAUGCCUCACCACAUAAACAAUGCAUCAUUCUCACAUUACUGUUCAUGCUGGCAUGCAGGCACACUCCACUCAAGGAGACCACAGUUACUAAGUGACAACACAAACACAUGACCUCAAGAGCUGGCAGAAGGAAAGCACAGAACUACAAGAAGGAUGUCACAGGAGUCAAAGUUACAGCCCUAUCAGAGUCACACCAGGCCUGAUGUCUUGGACGGUCAUUUGAGCAGUCAGGGUAGGACACUGGCUGUGCUGCUGGAGCAGGCGUUCAGGAUCAAAGAGGAGGUGGCAGCAGGUCUGCAGUCCAGCCGUGGCUCUGUCCAAGCCGAGGCAGCUUCCCGCAAGCUUCUGGAGAAUCACAUACUCACCAUCACACGUAUUGUGAAGCAGCUCAGCACGGAUAUUCAGAAACUGGAGAGACAGAUCGCCCAGCGGGACUCUGUUACCUCUGGAACCACAACAGCUGUUCAAAACCUGGAGCAGAAAAACAUAGCUGGCAUUGGAGACCUGAGAGGAAGAGUAGCCAGGUGUGAUGCCAGCAUUGCCAAGCUGAGCGCUGACAUGAGCUCUGGAGAGCAGCAGGUGAUUCAGCUGCAGAAGGAGGUUUCAGAGCUCAGGGCAGCUGUGGGUGUACAGCUCAAAGAGCUGGAAGUCAAGUUUGAUCGUGACCUUAGGAGACAGGAGGCUUCAUUGACGAGGCACUCCGAGGGCCAAAGAAGCUCCAUAUCUGAUCUGUAUAGACAAGUGAAACUGCUAGAAGACAGGAUGUCAGAUGAGCUCAAGGAAGCCAAGGAGCAAACAGAAAUACUGAGAAAGUGGACAGAACAACAGCUCAACAGCUCUGUCCAGAUACAUGCACAGGGCAGCCAGCAGCUCCGCUCACUAUUAAAGGGCAAAAUGUCAGAGAUAGAGUCUAGAUUAUCUGAUCGUCUGCUUGCUCUGGAGAUGCAUGUGGAGCAGUUUGAGAAGCAGCAGAGUCAGACCGACCGCAGCCAGUAUGACCAGCUGAAACGCUCUGAAGCCAAACUCAGUAGAAGAAUGACCUCAGCGGAGAACAGCAUUCAUCAGGAGCUGCAGCUGCUCAAACAGGAGUACCACAGAGGCUUCCUGUCUGUGUGUGAUGCAGUUGAAUCCCUGAGGCAGAUAAAUGACAUCAAAUCCCGCCUUGACAAGGAGAAGCUUCAGAGGGAUAUCAGGCACAUCAGCAGCAAGGUGACAGAGCUCAAUGACUCGUGACAUCAACUGAAGAGGAACACCUUUUUACUGUCACGCCUAUCCUGAAGCAGUAGCUCGACUCAAACCCGUUUAAACCAAAAUCCUGUGGGUGGUUGGCUUAAUUGUUGCUUCAUGAGCCGGCAGUUCUGUAGUUCAUAGUUAUAGAUCUGCAAUAUAGUGCAGCUGAUGCAUUUUUAAUAUGAAAGUCAGAUAUUCUUAUAAUUUGAGGUAGAAAAUCCUACUUUUGUGCAGUUUUUUAAAAAGUAAAAUUGAUAGUCCACUUUUUCACAACUCACUUUAAAAUCUGUAUUAUUACCUUUCAACCGAUAAUUCAGUCAUGAUCUGUCAUUUACACAAUGUCUAUUGCAUUUGAAAAUGUCACAUUUUUAAUCAUUUUUAUCUUGAUUAAUUGCUUUUAAUUAAAUAAAUUGUUGAAUAUACAUUAAAUGUAUAAUCAUGUGUGUGUGCAUUCAUGUAUUAAAUGUAUAUUAUGGCUGAUUACUUUCAAUGUUUCAAUGUUUCCACCGUCAUGACUUUGGGAUUCAAAUGGGCUCACAGAGUUUCAUUGUUAUUUAGCAAAUGAUUGGUUGGAUUUGUACUGCAGCACUAUUACUACGCCAGUCAACCUUGUUGUUUUUUAACCAUUGGUGCUGCAUGAAAUAUUAUUUGUAUAGUGACAUUAUCUGAGAGUACAUAACUGUCUUCUUGUACAUUUUGUUGUUUCCUUAUUCACACAAUACACGAUGUGCUGCUAGUAACAGAAAAUGCUGCCGAAACCCGGGA